GCUAAUUAGUAGAUACUAAGUCAUAAUUAGUAGAUAGUAAGUACUAAUUAAUAGAUACUAUGUCAUAAUUAGUAUAUAGUAAGUACUAAUUAGUAGAUAAUAAGUCAUAAUUAGUAGAUAGUAAGUACUAAUUAGAACAUAAUAAGUCAUAAUUAGUAGAUAGUAAGUACUAAUUAGUACAUACUAAGUUAUAAUAUUGUAAUCGCUGCUUGCAUUCUGUUAACAUGGCUGAUGCCGAGGAAUAUAGUCAAUCUGACAACAGUUUUGAAGCAUUUCUGAUUUCACGGGAAAUCUCGGAAUCAGUGAUAAAAGAGCUCAGAGACCAAAAGAUUGAUGAAGAUACCAUUAUUUGUAUGCAGGAUGAAAUGCUGGCUAAAUAUAUAGAAAAACUUGGUGACAGAAUUGCUAUCCGCAAUUUUUGUGAAAGGAAAGACAGUUUAAAGAAACGUAAAACCACAAAGAAAUCUAAAUUAUUUGAAACAUUAAAAUUCAAGCUAUCUGAAAAUUCGAGCAAAGAACCUGUUGGUCGAAAGCCCAGGAAAUUAAGCAGAAAAUGUGAGAUAGGUUGGAUUCACAAUAAAAAACAAGUCAGGAAAAGAUCUGGAGGUGGUACAAGAAAACUUGACAUGCCAGUUACGUCAGUUAAAGCUGAUUUACUCAGGCAGGCACAGGACUUAUUCUUCCCGGGAGGUUUGUCACCUAAAGGACAUAUCAGUUUGUUUGAUAUUGAUUUGUUGGAUUUUAAAGAAACACCGUUGCCUGAAAAUGUAACAUUAAAUGACUGCUAUGACAGGUUCAAAACAGGACUUGUUAGCUUUUAUUUAAAUACAACAGACAGGGAAGUACUGGAAUCACCAACUUCAGCACCUGAUGAAUUUGCGUGUGAAUCUACAAUUACCAAAUCAUCAGACUUACUGCCGGCAAGCAAUACUGACCCAAGUUUAUUUCUAACAUCAGAGGAAAUGAUGCUCAACAAUAUCCUUCAGUAUCAGUUUCAGCAGGAGACUUCAGAAAGUACAUAUCAGACAGAUGCAUGUACAGCUAUGAUGGACACGGGCACACCAACGGUGACUUUCAACAUUCCAUCUGGAUCAUCACAAGAAGGUAAUGUACAUCAUGACAGUAGUGCAGAUGACUCAAAAGCAGAUCCUAUGGAUGAUGACAGUGUGGUUUUAUAUGAUGACAGCUUCCAGUUACCUAAGAUUCAAUAUAGAAGUAGACGAAACCUGUCUAUGAGGAAAACAGCUUCUUAUCAGGACAUAUCUACUAUUCCACUUGGGACGAUUUCAAAACAUUCAGAUGCAGUAGUACAAGUUAUAGAAAGCAAAUUUGCUGAGCCAACAACAGAAAAUGUGAUCAUUACAUGGGCUGAGGAAACUCUGUCUAAAGACUACACUGAUAUAAUUAUACAUAGAAGGAAAGUUCUUGAUUCAACAAAACGAGCAUUAAGUAGACCAAACUUUAAUUUCUACAAAAAGGUCAAGAUUGUAUUCGCAGGUGAAUUAGGUGAUGAUCUAGGUGGACCAAAACGAGAAUAUUUCAGGCUCCUUAUGCAAGCUAUGAAAGAACAAAUUAUGAAUGGCAGUACAUUCCAGCAUAGUGUUCAAAAACUGGAUGACAACAUGUAUGAGAUGGCAGGUAAACUUGUUGCUUGGAGCAUCUUAAAUGGGGGACCUGGACUUCCUGUCUUUUGUCCAGCAGUAGCAGAGUAUAUUAUUGGUGGGACUGUCACCACUCCUUCAACGGAAGAUACAGAUGAAGAAACAAGACAAAAGAUUGCACAGACACUUGAAGCAAGUGAUAUAUCUGCUUUUGACACAGACUGGAUUGUUGAUCAAGGUGUCACUGGGGUAAUUACAGUGUCUAGAAGACAGGAAAUUGUGGAUAUGAUUCUAAAGAACACAGUAAUUUACAGAGUAAGUGCUGAAGCACAACAGUUCAGAGAUGGUCUUGAUGCAAUCGGUGGUCUUCUGGGUUUAAUGCAGAAAUAUCAAUCUUUAAAGAAUUUGUUAGUGAAGAAUGUGACACCAUUAACUGCUGGAGUUCUCAAAUCUAUCUACACUGUAGAUUUCAGUGAUGCAGGUUCCAAUGCUAGACAGCAAGAAGAAGACACUAUAUAUGCAUUUGAAUGCUUUUUGCAAGAUUGUGAAGAUGGAUCAUGUGAGUGCAAAUUGAUAGAUGUCCUGGUUUUCUGGACAGGUGCAGACCAUAUCCCACCAGCCGGUUUCCCUAACAAACUACGGAUAUCAUUUAUUAGAGAUAACCUGCAAGCAAACUAUUUGCCAGUUGCUCAUACCUGUGGAAUGGUGCUUGAAAUACCACGUGGACUUGGACCAGAAGACCUCAGAGGACGUAUGGUAAAGGCACUUCAAUGGGGAGGAGAAUUUCAUCUAGCAUAGACAUUACAUGUUACCUGUUUCUGUAGGGUUCUAGUUUUUAGUGUUAUUUUUUAAGUUUUUAAAGAUUUUAAUCAUAAAGAAAUUAUCAUCUCCUCCAAGGAUCAAGUUCUAAGCCUGAAGCCAAUCUCAGAUAUCAACGAAUAAUAAAAUUCUUAUAUGAAAAUAGGUAUGGAAAAAAAACAUUUUUAAAGCAAAUAUCUGAUUCAUUCUGAUGUGAUGUUAAAUGUUAAGUUUUAGUGGGUUAUGUUUUCAAAUUCUUUGAUCACUGGCCACCUCUUGUUUGUCAUCUUCAAUAAUUUAUGAAAAUUAUAUCUCCUAAAUUAGUUACAAAAUAACAUCACAAACAUGUACAUUGGAUGGCACCUUACCAAAAGUUUUGAAAAAUUCCAUUCCGUAAAUCUCUGUUUGUCAUAGCAACCACAAUGAACAAACUAAUUUUUUUAAGGAUGCAGAAGGAUAAGGACUGAGUUAAUUAAUAUGUAGCAUUGUCUAUUGGAAGUUAAUCGAGUUUGUCUAAAUCAACCCUGCCAAAGCAGUCAUUUUACACAGUUAAUACUGGAAAAUCUAAGUCUCUUUUAGUACCAGAAGACACCUAGAGCUGAGAUUUUAUUCGAAGCAUUUUCUAGUCUGUUAAAAGCAGUUUAUAUGCAAUUGUACUUAGGUGAAUAAUAUUGGGACAUUGGCAUACUUAAUGAUAUUUUAUUUGAGGAUAUUUUAUUCAAAUUAUGAAACUUCUUUUUGUUAAUAUAUGUUAACUUUCAUUUUUAUACCCUGCAUCAAAUAAUGCCUAAAAUUAAAGGGUAUCUUUAGUAAAGAGCAUUUAAUUAAGUUACUUUUCUGAAAUAGACGAUUGUUAUUGUUAUUGUUUGUGUCAAGGAAUGUUCCACCGAUGAUUGGUUAAAUUUGUGUUUUAAUAAACUUUUUA